UAGGAUGAAAGAAGGUUAAAGUCUGGGAAAGAUACAAAGCGCUACAGCCGAGACCACGUGCUGACAUUUCAACAACCGGGGAAUCAAAACAAACCUGCGUGGCCCCGCCCGGCGCCCGUCACGUGACCGCCGGGUGCGUGGUGCUUCCGGGGGAGACCCGGAGUUGCUACCGCGGCUGCUUCCUACCCUGCGACUCCAAAGUCGGGGUUUUGGCGGUCCUCUGAACCCACUCCCACUCCACUCUUUUUGGGUUGGGGCGGAGCUAGCCAUGGCAGCCACCCCGGGGGCGACCACUGAAAUGGCCCCUGCGGCUGGAGCUGGAGAGGUGAAAGGUGAACGUGUCAAACCUUUUACGCCAGAGAAAGCAAAAGAAAUUCUAAUGUCUUUACAACAACCUGCAGUCUUCUGUAACAUGGCUUUCGAUUGGCCAGCCCAACACUGGACUGUUAAACACCUUUCUGAAGUCCUUCCUGGCAAGCAGAUACGAUUUAGGAUGGGAAUGAAAAGAACAGAUACAGUUCCGCAGUUUGAAACGACAUGUAAUUAUGUGGAAGCUACACUUGAAGAGUUCCUGACCUGGAACUGUGGCCAGCCUACUAUGUCUGGACCAUUUAGAGAUUAUGAUCAUUCCAAAUUCUGGGCUUAUGCCGACUAUAAAUAUUUUGUCAGCCUAUUUGAUGACAAGGCAGAUAUUUUCCAGGAUGUGAUAUGGUCUGACUUCGGGUUUCCUGGAAGAAAUGGACGGGAAAGUACAUUGUGGAUUGGCUCCAUGGGGGCCCAUACACCCUGUCAUCUGGACUCCUAUGGUUGCAACUUAGUAUUCCAGGUCCAAGGAAGGAAAAGAUGGCAUCUCUUUCCUCCUGAAGACACUCCUUUCCUUUAUCCAACUAGAAUCCCUUAUGAAGAAUCUAGCGUGUUCAGUAAAAUCAAUGUUGUCGAUCCUGAUUUAAAACGUUUUCCUCAGUUCCGCAAAGCUCGAAGACAUAUGGUUACACUAAACCCAGGACAGGUUCUGUUUGUUCCCAGACACUGGUGGCAUUAUGUAGAAUCCAUUGAUCCUGUCACUGUCAGUAUAAACUCAUGGAUUGAGCUGGAAGAGGACCACCAAGCCCGAGUAGAAGAGGCAAUCACACGCAUGCUUGUGUGUGCCCUGAAGACCGCAGAGGAUCCCACCAAUACCAGAGCUUGGUUAAACCCAACUGAGGUUGAGGAAACAUCCCACGAAGUCAAUUGUCGCUACUUAAAUAGAGCGGUUUCUGCCCUUUUUGAUCAUUACAGAACAUCUAAGGUCAUAGAAAUCCAAGCGCUGAGAACAAAUAGAGAGGACAUGAAACAGGAGGGCUUGGAUGUGCACAAUCUCAUGGCGGUGGAACAAACAAGUGGCCAGGACGUAAUCCUGGGAACGGGAAAACGGGAGGCAGCAAGUCCCUUUGGCCCCGAUCUGGUUCCUGUAACACUGAGUUCUGAAGAACUACCCUCAGAGAGAGGAGGCAUAUUUGAAGGUGAUGGUAAAGACUUUGUUUGCAAAGAUGGAGAACACUCUGGAAAACUGCAUUGUACCAAGAGGCAACGAAUGAUGAGUAAAAAUGAGGAUGCAGUUGUGGAACAAAUUGCUUCAGAUAGUAGUAUGGUUCCUUCUCAAACAUUCAUUUCUACAGAUGACUUGCUGGACUGCUUGGUGAAUCCACAAGUAACCAGGAUAGUGGCACAACUUCUGAUACAAGGAAGAAGUUUGUGGUUCUAAGGAAAUGACUUUUAAAAUAAUACUUUAAAAAUAUUUUUAAGUAGUAUGAUUGUUAAAUAAAAAAAUGGCAGAGCACAAAGUUAAUUUGUGGGCCAGCAUGCUUGUAAAUGCACUUGUUCUUACCUAAUUGUGUUUCAGUCUCUUGCCACCUUCAUUCACGAACAUCGCUCUCUGAGCCAGCCAGCUCUUUGUUACUUGUUAGGCCUUCUUUCUUCAGUGACUUUGCCUUUCCUCUCACAUCUGGUCCUUUUAGCUGCUCUCAAAUGUAAGCCCCAGGUGUUCUUAACAGAAAGUAAUACCUCUUCAGCAGUCUCAAGGCGAGGUCGGCCUGCUGCUUGUUUUUGUAAAUAAAGGUUUACUGGAGCA